AUGGAGAAACACGCAACGGCCAGGGGUUUUUGCCUAUGUCACCUGAUUUGUGUGUGUUAUCAGACUGGAAGGAUCGGACUAUAUUUAGGAUUCUAUAAUGUGGGCUACACAGAGGAACUAAAAAAAUUCACUUGCGAUGAGCAACUUUACGUGCAAAUAAUGGCUGUGGUUAAUUUGUUUGCCAGUUGGCUUUAUAUCAGCUUCAGUUACCGAUGGACCUACGAUCAGUUUGUGUUCCUGCUUUAUAUACCACUUUAUGUGUACUUUUUGAUCCUAAGAAGACAUCUUACGUCUCAUAAAUCAAUGCAAAAGAUUCUUGGCAGCCGACUGUGUGUAAAGAUACGUAGAGAAUGUAUAUACACUUUACUUCUGAUUGUGUUGCUUAUUUUGCUAUUUUUAUGGAAAAUCAGAAUAUAUUCUGUUUAUCAGAGUGUUUUUAUAUUCGGCGUGGGAUUUAUCUACCACUUUGAGCUGUUGUUUUUCGGAAACUAUCUCAUUUAGCUGAGCUGUAUCUAUAGAUUUCUAAAUGUGUUUCUUUUUCAAGAUAUGAUAAGUGAUAGAUUGCAUAUAUUAAAGGGAAUGCUGAGACAGCAAACCAUUAUAUGGCGAGUUCAUCGAAACGUGUCGAGAUAUUUUGCCCUUCACAUUAUAAGUUUUAUGAUCCACCCAGGUGUUCAAAUUCGCAUUAUACUUGAGAGCCGUGGUCAACAAGUGUAUGCUCAUAUGAUUUAUUCAAUAAUCCAUUUACUCAUAUUGGCUUUAUUUGUUUUAAUUGAAUUUCAAAAGAGAUAUUUGAAAUUAAAAGAUGAUCCGAAUAAAUUUGUUUUAAAAUCCUUGCAACACAGCACUUUGCCAAAGGCUUUUGAAGUAACAUUUUUGAGAAGGCAAGAAAAAGUGCAGAGCAAACAGGAUGAGAUUACUAUGAUGUUCUCCAAUAACUAUCCAGCUGUACUGUUAACUAAAAAAACUUUUUAUUUAACAAUAUUUGCCUUCUAAUGUGUUAAGAUUGGAAUUUCCUUAUCAAUGCUGACGAGUUGCCCAAAAACUCACAUUCGCGAGCUCCUUCUUUUGCUAGUUAUUCGCUUACUUUAUCACAAAAACUUAACAUUACAGGAGUAUGAGUACGAGUCCCAGGAUGAUUUCAAUGGCAAUGUGACCCAAACAAUUAGUCAAGUCUAUCGCUUUUAUUUCUAUGAUGAGUUCGAGUGA